AAUGAGACCAUCUUUAGGAAAAAAAUUAAAAUAGGACGAUUCUGAUAAUAAAUUUAGAGAGAAAAUCUAUCGGUCUAUGUAUCCAUCUCCAUGUUCAUCAUAGUAAAUAUUUAAUUUUGAAAAUUUUAGUGAUCCAAAUAAAUGGCUAUAAAAUAAUGACAUUUCAUGGUUGUCUCAUUCAAUAGAAUAGGACAUUGAUAAAAUUUUAUAAAUAGCUGUUCCUUAACCUAUUAAACCGUAAAAUAAUAGAAGAGCUAGUGCAAAUGAUAUUCGAGAAGAGUUUGAUGACAAAUAAGGAAAAUAAAAGAGAAACACAUGGUAUGUUGACAAUCAACAAGAAGAUUAACCUUAAAAUAGCAAACUUAAAAUUAAUAUGAGUUCAAUUAUUUGUGAAUUCCCAAUUUAAAAAGUUUCGCGGUAAUCAAUUUCAUAACAACCAAAAACGCCAAAUUGUUAAAAAUCGUUUAUGGAAGCUAUUAUUUCAAAGUAUUAAUAAUAAAAUGAUCAAGAAUAAGAUGAUUAAUUUGAAAAAGAAUAAAAAUAUUUAUUCUAAAAUGAUUAAUAAUUAUAAGAUCAAAUACUAGAUCCUCAAAUAUAUGGAGAUGAUAUAAAUGAAAAUGUUUUAAAUGAAGAAUUAUAAUAAGUAUCUCCAUAAAACGAUGAAGUCAAUUAAAAAAAAUAAAAAAACAAAAAACCUAAAAAGAUACGUAGAAAAAAAAAAUGCUAUGUAAUAAUUCCUAAAAGAAAAUCAAGAUAAACAAAAUUAUAAGACCGAAUAUUGCCACUUCCUGAACCUGCUUAAAAUGAAUUUUAUUAAGAAAAAACUAAAUAAAUUAGACCGUCUUAAACUUUAGAUUAACCAAUAUUCAAUACAAAGUAAUGUUGGGCUAGAAUGUCAUUAAGAAAAGAAGCCAGAAAAUAUGAGAAAUAUUAAACUUAAGAAUUUAAAGAUUUAUUACGAUCAUUACCUGGAUGUUAUAUCCAUAAAUGUGAAGGAGAUUUAAGAAUAGAUAAGAUCAGACCUAUGUAAAAUGCAAAAGGAAAAUAUUUUUAAACAUUUGAAUUAUGGAUAAAUCCUUUAGUAUUGAUAGGUCCAAUUAAUAUGAAUAAUUCAGUUAAAUUAGUAUAAUAAAUCUCUAAUCUUAGCAUGUAAGAUUUAAAAAAGGAUAUUCUGGAUAGGUUUUUUGUGACAGCACCUUAUCAGAAACUUUACCAUUAAAUUAAAUUGAUGGGAAAACAUUCUAAAAUUAAAAAUUAAUUCUUGCUAAUAACUCUGAUCACGUCAUUAAAAUGAUCUGUUGUUUAGUUAAUAUUGAAAUUAAAAGUCCUACAAAAAAACGUAAAUGA